UGAGUCCCCGAUAAAGAGAGCGCCUAACAUUUCCGUGGUAUUCCCAUUUGCUAGUGCGCUGCUGCGGCCACACGCCUGAUUGAUAUAUGCCUGCAAUGGCACUUUUCCAUUUGACACUCUCCCUCUCUCUCCCUCUCCCUCUCUCUCCCUCUCUCUCUCUCCCUCUCUCUCCCUGGGUCGCUUAAACAACAGUCCUAACUUUUGUGUGUUGCAAAUAUAAAAGGCAAGCCAUGUGACAGAGGGACAGAAGAACAAAAGCAUUUGGAAGUAACAGGACCUCUUUCUAGCUCUCAGAAAAGUCUGAGAAGAAAGGAGCCCUGCGUUUCCCCCAAGGUGAGGAAAUGGACUGAAAGAAUUUAAGUGAUCCGUGCAAGAUGCCACAGCUGAUUAAUGGUGGCAUCAUGAUUUAGUCCAGCUGUGUAGCAGGCACUGCGGUGAUGGUGAUCGGUUGCAAGUGAAAGAAGCAAGACAAACUCCUGCAUACAAAGGACAAUGACAACCAGAAAACGGCAGCCCCAUCCUGCCCUGGCCUUGAAAGGGAUUGGAUCCUAGGAGGUGGCAGCAUUUCAGAUCUAUUGUCCUCUGUCGCCCUCUGCUGUUCUUCUGGAGAAGUUUCCCCUUACAACAAUGAGAAAUCAUGUACUAGCUGCAUCCAUUUCUAUGCUCUCCCUGCUGGCCAUAAUGGGAGAUACAGACAGCAAAACAGACAGCUCGUUCCUGAUGGACUCUCAACGCUGCAUGAGGCACCAUUAUGUCGAUUCUAUCAGUCACCCAUUGUACAAAUGUAGCUCAAAGAUGGUGCUCCUGGCCAGAUGUGAGGGGCACUGCAGCCAGGCAUCACGCUCUGAACCCUUGGUGUCCUUCAGCACUGUCCUCAAGCAACCUUUCCGUUCCUCCUGUCACUGCUGCCGACCCCAGACUUCCAAGCUGAAGGCUCUGCGUCUGCGUUGCUCAGGGGGCAUGCGACUUACUGCCACUUACCGGUACAUCCUCUCCUGUCACUGUGAGGAAUGCAGCUCCUGAGGCUUGCUGAUGAUUGGCUUUCUGGCUGGCACAACCACAGGAGCAAUUCAACCUGCUAGAGAAGGACUGGCAAGAAAAGAGUUAAGGCAGAUAAAGAUGGAGCAAGUACCACAGGAUUGUGCAUACUCUAGUCCUAAAGACUCGAUGUGCUUUCAACAGAAAGUGACUCUGGGAGCUUGCUCUUCAUUCCCUUCUCCUUUCUGUGGAAGAAUUUCUUUUGGUUACUUUUCAGAUUCAGGCAUUUCCCCUUUUGGCUCUGAUUGUGGUUUGGGUUCCUGACAGCUCUGUAUUAGUGGGAAAAUGUGGGGCCCUGUGCAAGAGCACGUCAGGUGGUCCCUAUUUGGUGCAUAUUAGGGAAGAAUUUACCGAAGUCUCCUUCAGUUGUUGUUUCCCCUUGUUGUUUUGGUCUAAGAUUUGCCUCUAAAGGUUCCCAGUUUCAAGGUCUGGACACCAAGUCCAUGGAUAUGUUUAGAGAGGUUUACUCACAGCCAGCUAACUGCUACUAAAUAACUAACACACGGGUUCUUUCAUGUGACAGCGGGACUCCUGACCACUAUAGUUGUUAUUCAGAAAUGACUUAGGGGAUAUAAAGGUGGCAGAAGGAAUUUAUAAUCUGAAGACUUUUGCAGGUAAAUGAUGGUAAACUUUUGUGAGGAAGCAGGCUUUCACACAUAUACACUCAGAUGGAUCCUGUCUUGGCUCUGGAGAAGGCAUACAUUACAUGUGGCAUGGAGAACACAUCAUACUCUUGAUUGAGCAUUAGUCAAGCAUUAGUCUACUUGUGGGUGUGCAAUAGCUUCAGCCAUAUCUUGAAUGUCAUUCCCUAACAUCCACCUGUCUAUGUGAAGUUUGUUGCCAUAAUGGUGGCCCGGCUUAUCCUCUGAAAACUUUGUUUUCAAUAUACUUUUAGUCCUUGAAGCUCAAAUUUUGAAUCUCCCCAUGUUUUGAAAUAAAAAUAGAGUACCUUCAAA